UUAAACUGAAAAAAAAAAAGAUAAAGAAAAAAAAUGGAAAGCUUAUGGGUCAUCCUCAUCCUCAUCCUCUUCCUCAAUACCUUCUUCUACUACUACUUUUUCAUCUUCUCCAAAUCCAAAACUAAGAAGCUGCCACCGGGACCUCUCACCUUCCCCAUCUUCGGCAACUUCAUAUGGCUCCGCAAAUCAUUCUCAGAGUUAGAGCCCGUCCUCCGCGACCUUCACACCAAAUACGGCCCCCUUGUUUCUCUCCAUAUCGGUCCCCGCCCAGCGGUCUUCGUCGCCGACCGCUCUCUCGCUCACCAAGCCUUAAUCCAAAACGGUGCCGUCUUCGCCGACCGCCCACCCGCUCUCCCUACCAGCAAAAUCAUAAGCAGCAACCAACACAACAUCAGUUCCGCCAUGUACGGCCCCACUUGGCGUCUCCUCCGCCGCAACCUCACCGCCGAGAUUCUCCACCCUUCGCGGGUGGAGUCCUAUUCUGGCGCUCGCAAGUGGGUCCUCGACAUUCUCCUCACCCGCCUUUACUCUUAUACUCAAACCAAUGGACACGUCCGCGUGAUGGACCACUUCCAAUACGCCAUGUUCUGCCUCUUAGUGUUGAUGUGUUUCGGGGACAGACUCGAGGAGCAAAAGAUCAAAGAAAUCGAGACCGCUCAACGUAACAUAUUGCUGAGCUUCGGACGGUUCAAUACGCUUAAUUUCUGGCCUAGUUUGACAAAGUUUUUGUUCAGAAAGCGGUGGCAGGAGUUUUUUCAGCUGCGCAAGGACCAAGAAGCGGUUCUCGUCCCCUUGAUAGAGUUCCGGAGGAAAGUCAAGAAAGAAGAACAGCCAGUGGCAUGUUAUGUGGAUACUUUAUUGGGUUUGGAGCUGCCGGAGGAAGAGAAGAAGAGAAGGUUGAAAACAGAGGAAAUAGUGAGUCUUUGCUCAGAAUUUCUGGACGCCGGGACUGAUACGACGUCGACGGCACUUCAAUGGAUCAUGGCGAAUUUAGUGAAACAUCCAGAGAUUCAAAAACAACUGUAUGAGGAGAUAAAAAGGGUAGUAGUGAUGGCGCAUGGCUCAAGCUAUAACAUUGAUGAUCACCAUGAAAUCGAAGAGAAGUAUUUGGUUAAGAUGUGUUACUUAAGAGCAGUGAUAUUGGAAGGGCUGAGGCGUCACCCGCCGGGACACUUCGUUUUGCCGCACGCGGUGACCAAGGACGUUGUUUUAGAUGAAUAUGUGGUCCCUAAAAAUGGGAGUGUUAACUUCAUGGUGGCAGAGAUGGGAUGGGACCCCAAGGUGUGGGAAGAUCCCAUGGCUUUCAAGCCAGAAAGAUUCCUCAUUAUUAAUAAUGAUGAGAGUAAUAAUAAUAAGGUGGAGUUUGAUAUAACAGGAAGUAAAGAGAUCAAGAUGAUGCCGUUUGGGGCUGGGAGAAGAAUAUGUCCUGGCUAUGGUUUGGCCAUACUUCAUUUGGAGUAUUUUGUGGCCAAUUUGGUUUGGAUGUUUGAGUGGAACAAGGUCAAUGAUGAUGAUGAUGUUGACUUGUCUGAGAAACAAGAGUUCACCGUUGUCAUGAAGAAUCCUUUGCAAGUUCGCUUGUCUCCAAGGACUCAUCACCAUUAAGAAUAACAACACACCACAAGAUUAUUACUGCUACUACUACUACUUAUGUGUCUAUGUAAGUUAUAUUGUGUUUACCUCAAUCUGUAUUGGGUUUUAUUUAGUGAUCACUUUAUUUCCAGUUCCAGUA